CGGUACGCCGGAGACUUUGCUUGGAGCUGUUUCGACGCCGCUCACCGCUGUCUGCUUGUGACAGUCGAUCGCUGACGGUAGGUGUCUGGACGCUAGGCGCGCACCUUAUCGGCGUACGGACGGACGAUCAGGCGUUAGGAAGCGUACCACUGAUUACAAGGGUAAGAACAAGAAGCACAAGCGGUGAUAAGGCAACAAGCGAACGGACUACCUCGAAACGAUGUCGCAGACCGAAUUGGACGAAACAGCUGUGGAGAAUUUCCGCGAGUACCUGCGGAUACCGUCGGUGCAGCCGGACGUCAACUACGAUGAAUGCGUGGAAUUCAUAACUAGACAAGCACAGUCUCUCGACUUACCAGUUAAAAUUUAUCACGUACAUCCUAAAAAACCGAUUGUGGUUUUAACAUGGGUGGGAACAGAUCCUACGAAGCAGUCAAUUCUCUUGAACAGUCAUAUGGACGUUGUACCUGUUUUCGAAGACAAAUGGACCUAUCCGCCAUUCAGCGCACACAUGGACGAGCAAGGCGACAUCUAUGCUCGCGGCAGUCAAGACAUGAAAUGCGUGGCAAUACAAUAUUUGGAGGCGAUCCGUAGACUGAAACUGAACGGACAACGUUUCCAACGCACUAUCCACAUCUCUUUCGUCCCGGACGAGGAGAUCGGCGGUGUUCUCGGAAUGAAAGCCUUUGUGCACACUGCAGACUUCAAAGCUCUGAACGUCGGUUUUGCGCUGGAUGAAGGUGUGGCUGGCAUAAACGAGAGCUUUUACAUGUUUUACGGAGAAAGAUCGAUUUGGCAUGUCGAAAUCAAGUGCGCGGGCAAUCCCGGUCACGGAUCCAUCAUGUUAGACAAUACGGCUGGGGAAAAAUUAAGAGUUAUAAUCGAUCGUUUCACAGACUUCAGAGCCUCCGAAAAAGCAAAAUUAAGUACAGAUCUUUCACAAUUAGGAGUUACUCUUGGCGGAGUGACAUCUGUAAAUCUUACGAAAAUUUGGGGUGGCGUACAAACUAACGUUAUACCUACCGAACUCAGCGCUAUGUUCGAUAUUCGUAUAACGCCUUCUGUUGAUCACGAGGAAUUCGAAGCUACUAUCAAACGCUGGUGCGAAGAAGCUGGUCCAGAUGUAACUUAUUCCUUCGAAGAGAAAAAUCCCAAAGUUGAAAACACCAAACUAGAUGAGUCUAAUCCAUACUGGAUCGCUUUCAAAAAUACCUGCGAUGAAAUUGGUAUUAAUGUGGAAACCGCUAUCUUCCCGGGAGGUACAGACGGCCGUUUUGUGCGAGGGAUGGGCAUUCCUGUUUUUUGCUUCUCACCGAUGAACAACACAAAGAUACGUCUUCACGAUCACGAUGAAUAUCUAAACAAAGAUAUUUUCCUGAAGGGAAUAGAGAUAUAUGCUAAAAUAAUACCGUCUGUUGCAAAUGUUUAAACGAAUAUGGCAUACAUUAUGCAUCAGAUUUUAAAAGUGCCAUAGUCGAAUGUUUAGAGCUACUGAUAGCUGAAUUCGACCAUCCUACCAAUGAUAAGUGUAUUAAUCAGAAUCUCUUGAGUUUAAGAGAUCGCAAUUAAUGUGCAAUGAAAUCCUAAGUCAAUAUAUAUUUCUAUAUUAUAUUUCUAUAUAUUGUUAUGCUAUUUUAAAUUUUUAUUAUUGUUGGGUAGAGUUGAAAAAUAUACACAUUCAAAUGAAAAAUAAUGUAAUACGAGAAAAGCAGAACGAAGUGAAUAUCUUUGAAGAAAGGAUGAGUGACAGCUCAAUUUAAAAAUGAGGUUUCAAGGAAAUUUCAAAUACAGAAGAUUAAUGGAAUGUAACGUGAAUCACAAUGAACACAUCAAGGAAACGAUAUAGAAUUUAGUAAAUUGUGAACACCAAGAAAUCGAACAUACAAGAUUUUUAUGUCUGAAGAAUACAAGGAAACAAUGGUGCUAUAAAUGGGGCCAAAAAACAGUGUGCUCAAAUUAGAGAAACUUCUAAAUAUUAUUUCCACUUGAAGUACUUGCAGAAAAUAUCCUACUCACAUAAAGUAUAUAUACAAAUGUUUUAUAUCGAAGAAAAAAUAUUUUUGUAAGGCUGACAGCAUCUAGAAGCGUGCAUUUUGGUGAUGGAGAGUCAAGAUCGAGGCAUCGAGGAAAACAAAGUAAUCAAAAUGUUUUGUAAUACAUAUAUUUUAAAGAAGUAAGUCAGAGCGAUGUAUUAACGUGAUCAAUGUUACGAAUAAAGUAAAGGAGAGAAAUGUAUGUACAAAGAAAUAAUUCGCAUAAGAGACCGUCUAUUGAUUUUGGAGGUAAAAGACCUAGGAUGUUUUAU